AUGGCGGCACCUCAGGACUUCAAGUCGCUGCAGGACGGGGUCCAAAAGUCUUUGGUCUCCACCGUCAAGUACGCCAACCGAAUCGCCAACGAGGAUCUCAGCUUCCAACGGACCGUCAACCCGGACGCCGCUGAGCAGCUCGACGAAAAGUCAUCGCGCCUCCUUCAUCUCUCCACGCGCCUUUUGCAGUCUGCUGCGCGUGCCUGCGGUGUCACUGCCCCGAAGCUCGAGGAUGCCGAGGAUAUAGACUUAAAUUGGCAGGGCGUCGUCGAUGUCGUCGAUUCCGUCCUCGAAAAGGCCGACACGGCCCUUGACGAAUAUACCGGGCUCAUCAAGCGCAAGGAACCACCCUCAGGUACUUCCUCCAAGGCAAAGAGAACAAAAUCCACGAACAAGGUUAUCCGAAAUGCAAACGUCGGCAAGCCCCAAAAUCUCUUCGAGUUGCAGCCUGACAAUUACCCCACUGGCCCAUGGAAGCCUAUUCUUACAAAGAAGCCUCAUGCCCUCGUGCCUUUGGAGAAGAGUCUCAUCACAUUCACCGACGAAGACGGCUCUACACAAUACAAACACCCAUACGAACCUGAAAUUCUUCAAAUGAGCUACCCCGACAGCGCUUACAAAGUAGCUGAUCCUAUCCCAUGGCAGCCCGUCGAGACAACCACUGCGAUAUGGGUGGAUACAUACGAGGGCGUCCUGGACAUGCUCCGGGAGUUGAAGAAAGCAACGGAGAUUGCUAUUGAUCUCGAACAUCAUGAUUUCAGAACAUACACAGGUCUAGUUUCCCUCAUGCAGGUUAGCACCCGGCAGCAGGACUGGAUCGUCGACACUCUCCAACCUUGGCGCCAUAAGCUCGAGGUACUCAAUGAGGCUUUUGCGGAUCCUUCGAUCGUGAAAGUAUUCCACGGGGCCUACAUGGACAUGGUCUGGCUGCAGCGCGACUUGGGGCUUUACGUAAAUGGUCUCUUCGAUACGUACUUUGCCUGCGAGCAGCUGAGUUACUCGGGUCGAAGCCUUGCCUUCUUGCUCUCCAAAUUUGCCAAUUUCGAUGCCGACAAGCAGUAUCAAUUGGCUGACUGGCGCAUUCGCCCGAUCCCCGAAGAGAUGCUUUACUACGCUCGAUCCGAUACCCAUUACCUACUCCACAUCUAUGACCAGGUUCGCAAUGACCUCGUCUCCUCGUCAAAUCGAAGCGUACCAGAGCAGGACCUGAUAGGCCGUGCUCUGCAAAAAUCGAGAGAACUUUCCCUGUCUCGGCAUGUGCAUCCGGGUUAUAACGAGGAGACAGGAGAGGGCCCACGAGGCUGGUACAACUACGUGUUGAAGCAUUCACAUUUGUCCUACGACGCAGCUCAGUUCACACUGUUUAAGACUAUUUGGAAAUGGCGAGAUGAUACGGCCAGAAAAGAAGAUGAGAGCCCCAACUUUGUGCUGGGAACAACUCAUCUGGCUGACAUCUGCCGUGCCAAUCCUCCCGACGCCAAGGCUCUUCACAGCCUAAUGCCGCUCACAGCGCCCCUGGCCAGAUCUAGAAUCAACGAAAUUUGGGAGCGUGUUCUGGAAGCGAGUCAAAAUCCGGGACCUAGUCUGCUACAAUUCUUUGCAAGCAUUGCCCCAGACGCGGCGACGAGAAACGCUCUGCCCAAGGCGGGCCGCGACCUCACAAAGUUGCCUGACCUUGGUGGUGAAAUCGCCUACCGAAGCCUACCUCGCUCACGCCUAUUUGGCGACAUGCCCAUCAGCUCACGGCGGGACGGUUCCCGCGACGUGGAUCAAGGUCUGCAUGAAGAAGUUCCCUUCCCUUGGCAGAGGUUUGUUGCCUCGGUGCAAGAAGGCGCAGAAUUGGAGCAAGAUGCUUCUUCGCCUACAGAGCCAGAAGCUCUUCUGCCGCCGGCGCCUGCUCCUCCAGAGGAAGAUGAAGAGUUCACGUUGAAACGCGGAACGAAACGCAAGUCGGAAUCUGCGCCAGACGAAGAUUCAGAAACGAGCGAAGAGUCCGACUCUGACCAGGAUGAGGAGGGUGACAAGCCAAUGGAGCCAGCUCCUGCUGACGGCAUCAUUGAGAUUGACGACGAUCAGCCUCGGCCGAAGAAGCAACGCAAGGCUGCCAAGAAGCAAGCUGCACAGGAGAUACAAGAAAAGCGGGAAGCCAAAUUGGCAAAGAAGGCGCAGCGGCAGGCGGAGAAGGAGCAGAAGAAAAAGGCUUCGGACAAGAAGUAUAAUGCGGUGCCAUUUGAUUAUAGCAAGGCGACAUCCGUCAUGCACGCUAAACGUGACGGUGCUGCGGCGGCGGCGGCUCGCCCGGCAAAACCACAGAAGGUGUUUGAUCCAUACUCCAAGACUGGCGACGAUCCAAUGAAGGGCGCGAGAAAAGCGCCGCCAAUCAGAGGAGAGAGGAGUGCUACGUUUAAGAAAUGA